AGCCGGGAUCGAACCGGGAUGGAGCCGGAAGGAGCCGGGCAGGAGCGGGAUGGCACCAUGUCUUGAAUGCAGACACCUCCUGCCAGUGAAUACACCCUCUUGCAUUGGAUGUGAGUCACCAAUAGCUCCACAGCUGCAGCCCCAAACCAACGUCUGCGUAAAGACACCAGGUCCUGCUGCAUUCCCCAAGGUGGAACUGGACAUCUUCAAAAAAAAGGGCUCCCAUGUACACAAUGGAACCAGAAGCAGCCUUGGAGGAGACAAAACAGCGAAGCCGGGGCCGGCAGAGUACUGCCCGGGAAAGAGCGCUGUGGAGAAAGUGGUGGCUGGCUCUGUCCCAGUUCCUCAGAUCAUCCCACUUGGAAUCCCUCUUCCACGGAAGGCUAAACAUGAAUUACACACAAAUCCUCUUCUAGAAAUGAAAUCAGGUCUGAAUAAGAGCUUUGAAUCCAGCAUGGACUUUGUGCAGUCUUGUGCAGUCCUGUGGAAGGCAGUAUCUCAGCAGAACACUGAGCUAGAAAGAAAAUCUAGCAAGUCCGACCACAUCAUCUGGAAAUAUGGGUCACAAAGGUGGGAAAGCGAGGAGCGAGAGCAAUGCCGGUGGCACCGUUGCAGAGCUCACCACGUGCAGAAGAGCCCCAGCAGCAGCUUUCUGUCCUGGCUUUUCAUCUGUGGGACCAGGGGCCGGAUGUUCGUGCUCUGUAUGCCGGGUCGCAGGACGGUCUCGAGCAGGAACCGUAGAGGUUGCAUGCAAUUGGACUUGUAAGUGGGAAAGCGAGGAGCCAGAGGAAUGCCGGUGGCACCAUUUUGGAGCUCACCAUGAGCACAAUAAAAGCAGC